AUGAUUGUUCCUAAACCGUCAGUCUGCUUCCGAGGCCUGCCGCGCCAACUGUUAUCGGCUCGCUUCAACAGCACAGCACAAGCCCAGCAAUGCAAGCGGCCAAAAUACGCCCACUUCGACAUAGCUCAAUACUUCAAUCGAAUCCACCUUUCGCCUGCGCAGCAAAUCUUCUCCGUCAGCAAACUCACAUCUGUUCAACAACUAGCCUACCUUACCCUUCUCAAAAAGCACCAUCUUGUCAACGUACCGUAUGAAAAUCUUCAGGCUCAUUACUCCUGGCAUAAAGGGCUCGGUGUUUCGCCGACGCGUCUCUUUAAAAAGAUUGUCCGCCACCGCCGCGGUGGUUGGUGCUUUGAAACGAACCAACUGUUUAAUACGGUCCUCCUGUCGCUGGGAUUCGACGUUAUUCUGGCAGGUUCGCGAGUUUUUGAACCCUGCAACGGCAAAUUCGGUGGACUUGUGCAUUGUGUCAAUAUUGUCAAAAUCGGUGGCGUACACUAUUUGCUCGAUGUAGGCUUUGGUGGAUAUGGUCCACCCCGGCCUGUACCAUUGCUCGAGGGAACGGAAGGCAUUAAGCCGGACGGUUUACAGCAUAUAGGACCUCGAGCAGAAAUGCGAAUAGUGAAACAGGCGAUUGCGCAGCAGGUCGAUCAAACUAGGCGGCUAUGGGUAUAUCAAUUCCGGAGUGGCCCUGACAAGGAGUGGCAACCAAUGUGCUGUUUCAAUUCGGACUUUGAGUUUCUGCCUGAGGAUAUCGAAAUCCUAAACACGCAUGGCAUGAGCCGCACGUCUUUUACAUCAAGGGAAUUGUUGCUUCAGCGAUUCACAACAUCAAAUGAGGCCCUAGAUGCACCUGGGAGAACGAAUAUGAAGAAUUUGAAUGUUAUGGACGGCAAGCUGGACGGCUCUAUUGUGCUAUAUCAGAAUAGGUUGAGAUGGCGGAGGGAAGGGGAUUUGAUACUGAGCCUUAAGUUCCGCACUGAAGCGGAACGGAUCGAGGCUAUUCGGCUAUAUUUUGGAAUUGUCCUUGAUAAGGAGGAGUCGGACGGAAUUAAGGGCACUGCAAGUGAGAUUAGGGGCUCUUGGUUUGGAACAGCUUUUAACGAGGGGACGAUUUAA